AUGACUUUAGCCUCAGAAUCAAUUGCACAACCUGUUGACGCAGCAAAAUUUAAGCAGUUUGAGCCGCUUAUUGCCAAGUAUAACGAGGCCAAAUGGGCUCAGAUGAAAGAGUUCGAUGCGAAAUUCUUGGAACUUUGCCGGUCAAAAAUCCCCAGUGAUGCAGUGUUGGACGCGGAACCCAUUGAUGCUAGAAAGUUUGUCACCUCUGCAGGAUUAUUGAGUGAAUCCGAAGCUCAAAUAGUUAAUGAGUUCUCUAUCAAGGAAUUGCUGGACAAACAAUUGGCUGGUGAAUUGUCUGCUGAGCAGAUUACGCGUGCAUAUAUAAAAUCAGCGAUCAUUGCGCAAUUGGCAACCAACUGUGUGAUGCAAUUUCUUAUCCCAAGUGCUCUUGAAAGGGCAAAGGAGUUAGAUCUGUACUUGAAAGAGAACGGUAAACUCUUUGGUCCAAUGCAUGGUGUUCCAAUAUCUCUAAAAGAGCAGAUGGGUUACAAGGGCCAAGUUACGUGUGCUUCGUAUGUUUCGCUGAUCGACAACGUAGUCAAGAAGAGUUCUGUGUCAAUCCAGAUCUUUGAUAAGCUCGGCGCAGUGUUCCAUGCGAGAACGUCUCAACCACAGGCGAUUAUGCACUUGGAUACUUGGAACAACAUCAUCGGCAGAACAAGAAACCCAUGCUCUACCAGAUUGUCACCUGGUGGGUCUUCGGGGGGUGAGUCUGCCAUGGUUGCCAUGCACGGAUCAGCAAUUGGGAUCGGUUCUGAUAUAGGUGGAUCGAUUCGCUGUCCAGCAGCUUUUACAAACGUAUUUGGCCUCAAACCCACUACUAAGAGACUCUCCUCGAUGAACGGUAUCUCUGGUGGUAGGGGUCAAGAAUCAAUCCCAUCGACGGAGGGACCAAUUGCUCGGUCGAUCCAAGAUUUGGAGUAUUUCAUGGAUGUCUACCUCAACCAGGGUAAACCAUGGGAAUACGAUCCCACGAGUCUUGUCAUCCCAUGGAGGCCAGCUGAGGUCGAGGAAAAAAUUCGCAUUGGUGUAUUGUUCGAUGAUAACCUGGUCACACCACACCCAGCAGUCAAGCGGGCCUUGCAACAAGUAGUCAGCCAACUUGGCGAACAAUUUGAAAUUGUUGAUCUGGCUGACUCCUGGUUUAGCCAGGAGGAAAUGCUCGCCAUCCACAAUACUACAUUGAGUCUCUACACGAUCGAUGGCAACAGAUCACAAUUGGAGCUGAUCUCUCCAAGCGGAGAACCAAUCCUUCCACUCACCAAACAUUUCCUCAAUUUCGGUCAGGGCAAGGAACUAUCUAUCUACGACAACCGCAAGCUCAAUAUCUUCCGUGAUUCCACCAAGCUCGCACUCCUCGAAAGAUUCUUCUCCCAAUCCCCAACAAGCAAAAAACUACAUUUCAUCCUCUCACCAACCUACCCAGCACCAAGCGAAAUUCCCGGCAAUAGUCUCUACUGGGGUUACACUUCCUUUUGGAACUUAACGGACUACCCCAACGUCGUAUUCCCUACUUCCUACACUCACGAUCCUAAGCUCGACUCACUGCCACCCACCCAACUCAAGCAGAAUGAGUUCGAGGAAUCCGUGUGGUCCAACUACAACCCCGAUGCCUACGUCGGGGGUCCCGUGGGACUACAACUAACGGGUAAGAGAUUCGACGACGAACGAAUCGUCCAAGCAGUAAAGAAGAUCACCUCUGUAUUGAAAUAA